AUGUUUUUUUUUCGUAACAAGAGAUUUGGAUGGAACAGCGGUCAUCUGGCUAGCACCAGGUUUGAGAAUGACCAGCUUCUUACUAGUAUGAAGCUUUAUCUAACUAGCGAGCAGGAUAAAGGAUUACUGGUGAGUAUACUUUCGAGGAAGAAAGACCGAUCUCACCACUUCGGAUCACAUGUUUGGCCUUGGAUAUAUCAGCGUGAGAAGUCAACCAAUAAAUCCAAGGCCAAACCUGUGAUCCGAAGUGGUGAAAUCGGUCUUUCUUCCUCAAAAUAUACUCACCACCAGUCCUCUAUGCUGCUCGCUAGUCAGAUGAAGCAUGAUACUAGUAAGAAGCUGGUGAUCCUCAAGCCUUCUGCUAGCCAGAUGAGCGCUGCUCCAUCCACAUUGCUUACUUCUUCAGUGUUUAUAAUCUGCAGUGUUUAUAAAUGUUUGUAUUAG